GCUUGACAGCAACAGGAUAUUUCUGCUACUUGAGAUCAGUACACAGUUUGGUGGCUGACCACUGGCAUAAUAUGCCAUUCCGCAAGGAACUUCUUCAACUCAGUCCCCAGUAUUUGUCUUUUCUGGUACUCUUGGCCUUUCUGAUUUCCAUGUUAUGGAAGGCUUACUGCAUUGUAAUCGUCUGGCGUUGCUACAAAUUCCUGACUCUGCGUAAACAGGCUCUUCGCAACACCGUUCACUACAUCUUGCCAGGAGAGGGCGGAGACCGUUUGCCUGAACCCGAUUACUCCUCCCUCCUUCCGGACUACGAAGCUGCUUGUGCUAGUGCGAUGAAACAACCCCCACCCCCAUCUUACGCCGCUGCUAUGGCCAGUCAACUGCCCGCCUAUCCUGGUGAUCCCCACGUAAACGUCAUUACCACUGUACAAAAUGAGACUUCUGUUGCCUCUAAUGACACCGACAUCGAUAACAAUAAUGUUGAAGACAACCCAGAGAACGCAGCAACAGGUGGAGCCGCUAAUAACCCGGACGUUCAGCCAGCAACUCCUCUCCAAACCAUGCCCACUGAUGGACGUAAAGAAGUAGAGGACAAGGAGGAGAAUAAGGAAGAUGGAGCACAGGAGGAUGCUGCUGCUGUUGCUACUGUGGUCGGUAAUAAAAAUUAAUUAAAAAUAUUUUGCUUUUUUUAUUUUUUCUGGGGCUUUUUGGACAUUAAUACAAAGUAGUAAACUGUACUUAUAUAAUGUGGAUACCCCUUAGUAGUCAUUUCCUAUUUUGAAUUUUCGUACAGAGGUUGGUUUUUUAUUCAUCUUAUGUUGUCUUCAAGUUUGUGUCUGUAUAGUUUUUUUUUUAAUUCUAACUAGAAUUAACAAAAUCUUCUCUUUAGCACAGAGUGUAUAGAUAGUAUAGUGUUAGGUACAAUGAAUUUUUAUAGCUUAAAUUUAAGUUAUUAAUACAGACAAAAUUUAUUUCUUAUCCUUCUAAACGACUU